CAUGUUCACGCAUGCGCGUUGUGAUGUGAUGGCCGACGACGCCAAAAUUUUCUAUUUCUAAAAUUAAAUGUCAUUGGUGGCUUGACUAGCGAUUGCGUACCUGAGUAUUGCUUUUUGUGCAUAAUACUGAACUGUUGGUGUAGUUUUAGUGUCGAAAAUGUUGGGGUCUGGCGACGGCGGCAACAUUGUGAAGCUCAGGGGCUUGCCUUUCUCCACGACCGUUGAAGACGUUCUCGACUUUCUCAGCGGCGUCAAUGUACUAAACGGAAAGGAUGGUGUCCAUCUUACUGAAGUGCGACCAGGCCGGCCCUCGGGAGAGUGCUUCGUGGAAGUGGAGACUCCGGAGGAUGUCGACGAAGCUCUGAAAAAGGAUAAGGAGAAUAUGGGGAAGAGAUACAUUGAAGUCUUCUCCACUGACCGCCAAGACAUGGAAUGGGCUCUGAACGCCAUGCGCCAAAGUGAAAAUGGCUUCGGCAGUCUCCCACAUGUGACUGACGAUAUGGGCAUUGUCAAGCUGCGAGGCCUGCCGUUUGGCUGCUCGAAGGAAGAAAUUGUCCAGUUCUUCGAUGGGUUGAACGUCGCUACUGACGGGGUGCAUUUGCUAUCGGACGCCUCGGGCCGCGCCUCCGGAGAAGCCUUCGUUCACUUCUCCGACAAGGAAAGCGCGGAUCAGGCGCUCUCCAGGGACAGGGAGAAAAUAGGACACAGAUACAUAGAGGUCUUCCUGAGUUCAGCCGACGAGGUUCGAGCGUACGGCGCACGAAUGGAAGGCGGUGGCUUCAGAUCAACUAGAGGCUACCGACCGGCGCCUUAUGACCGCAAUGACCGUUUUGGUGGACGACCGACGCGCGGUCGCGGCGGGUUCAACAGAGGUGACAACUUCUCUGGUGGCGGUUUCGGCGGGCGCGGCGGCUUCAGACGCGGCGGCGGAGGCGGCGGCGGCGGCGGCGGCCACUGCGUGCACAUGCGAGGGUUGCCCUUCAAGGCUUCACCACAAGAUGUCGCUUAUUUCUUUAAACCCAUCCGGCCGAUGAACAUAAACAUUCUAUACGACAACAGCGGACGACCUUCGGGAGAGGCUGAUGUCGAAUUCGAGUGCCACGAGGACGCCAUGCGGGCCAUGCGUCGCGACAAGAACAACAUGGACCACCGCUACAUCGAGCUGUUCCUGAAGUCGGCGCCCGGCGGCGGCGGCUUCAAGCCAAACCGCAACUUCAGGAACUGAACCCUGACCCCACACGCUACGGUCCACUAUUCCACUCGCCAAUUAACGUAAAGACCACCGGUUAACGUAACUUUAUAAAUUUAACUCUAUUGCCACAUACUAAAGAUAUUUUCAUGUUU